CAAAAAAAAAACAUGCGAAAAAAUCGGGUAAUCGAGUUGCCGUGUACAUUUUUCCCGACUAAGCUGGAUUCUUCCUCACACGACAAAAUCAUCUAACUUUAAUCUAAUCCAAAUUUAAUCCAAAUCCAAUUACAUUAAUUACUCAAUCAACCCAUCAUUAUAUAAUAUAUAUAUAAUAAUCCAUUUUCAUCUCUUUCUUUUUCAUAUGUAAGAACAAAAGAACAAAGAACCCAAUCAAAAAUGGAUGACUUGUCAUACCAGUCCGGCUACGGCAACACCUUCUCAUCGGAAGCUCUUCCGGGCUCACUUCCGGCGACUCAGAACAGCCCACUUCUCUGUCCUAAUUCCCUUUACGCCGAACAAAUUUCCGGUACAUCUUUCACUUCUCCUCGAAAUCUUAAUCUCCGCAGUUGGCUUUAUCGGAUCAAACCUUCGGUUACCCAUGAACCCUUUAAACCUCGGAUUAAGGGUAAGAGUUUUCUGUUGAGUGAGUUUAAUCAGUGUAAUAGCUCUGCUACUCCUACACAGUUGAGAUGGAAGCCAAUUGAUAUUCCUUCUUCUCCAACUGAUUUCAUUGAUGGGUUGUUCACUGUUUGUGGUGCUGGAAGCUCUUUUCUUCGCCAUGGUUUUGCUAUCCACAUGUAUACUGCCAAUAAAUCAAUGGAAAAUUCUGCCUUUUGUAGUGCUGAUGGUGAUUUCUUAGUUGUUCCACAAAAAGGAAGGCUAUGGAUCACUACAGAAUGUGGUAGGUUGCAAGUUUCUCCUGGCGAAAUUGCAAUUUUACCACAAGGAUUUCGCUUUUCGGUUGAUCUUCCCGACGGUCCAUCUCGUGGUUAUGUAGCUGAGAUCUUUGGUACCCAUUUUCAACUUCCUGAUCUUGGACCAAUAGGAGCUAAUGGUCUUGCUGCCCCAAGGGAUUUCCUUGCUCCCACUGCAUGGUUUGACGAAAGUCACCGUCCAGGCUACACAAUUGUACAAAAAUUUGGCGGUGAGCUUUUCACGGCAAAACAAGAUUUUUCUCCCUUUAAUGUAGUUGCCUGGCAUGGGAAUUACGUUCCAUAUAAGUAUGAUCUAAGUAAGUUCUGCCCUUACAAUACCGUUUUAUUUGAUCACAGCGAUCCGUCUAUAAACACAGUAUUGACAGCACCAACCGACAAACCGGGUGUUGCUUUGCUUGAUUUUGUCAUUUUCCCUCCUCGAUGGUUGGUUGCAGAACACACAUUUCGACCUCCAUAUUAUCAUCGCAACUGCAUGAGUGAAUUUAUGGGCCUUAUUCAUGGUGGAUAUGAGGCAAAAGCUGAUGGAUUUCUCCCGGGUGGUUCAAGCCUCCAUAGCUGUAUGACACCUCAUGGUCCGGAUACCAAAACUUACGAGGCUACCAUUGCUCGGGGAAACGAGGCAGGUCCGUUCAGAAUCAAGGACACCAUGGCAUUCAUGUUUGAAUCGUGUUUAAUCCCGCGAGUGUGCUCGUGGGCGCUAGAGUCUCCAUUCAUGGAUCAUGAUUAUUACCAGUGUUGGAUUGGAUUGAGAUCACAUUUUAAGAGAGAAGGAAAAGAUGGUGAUGAGAGAAAUGACAUCCAUUGAUUGUAAGGCUGAACAAUGAGACUUUGUGAUAAGUUAGUUAAUUAGUUACAUGGCAUUGUCAAUAUUGUCUUAUAUGUACAUAUAUAAUACAAUAAAAAUCUAUGUAUAAAUGUGAACAAAGUUCUGAAAAGAUAAAUAAAUUGUUCAUGUAUAUAUGUUUGAA